AGCCGCGUAUUAAAUUGUUGAAACUUAAAAGCUCCGAUGGUGAAAGGAGUAUGAAUGAAUCCAAUGCAUACAAAUACAAAGUAAAUAAAUACUAACUGCAACAACAAAACGACGUCGCUUCUUCUCAUUAUUAUUACCCAACAAACACUAUUCUGUACAACAACCUUGGACAAUGUUCUGUUCCUAUACAGCCUAUUACCCCUCUGUCUCUGAAAUCCAACCCACAAGAUAAAGUUUCAUUUUUUCAGUAAAAUAAGAUAAAGGGUUUCAUUUUCUCAAAUUUCAAAGAUACCCCAGAACAAAAUUUGUCUGUCUCCACUGUCUUAACCUCUGUUACCAUUUUCAUUUUUUUAAUGUUUUUGUUCUUUUGCAUUUUGGAUUCUUAGUCAAAACAAAAUUAACCCAAAAAAAGAAAAAAAAAAUCACUUCAUUUGACAUUCACUUUUGAACAUCUUAUGUAGUUGAAAGUUCUUCAAUAAUCUUUUCUGGGUUUAUGAGGUUUAUGUUGGUGAUGCUGUUUUGUUAGAGGCUUUUUAUUUUUUGUGUGUAUUGUAUCUUUCAGUUUAUUUAUAGCAAUGGAUGAAUCAGCUAAGCAUAGAUUGGUGAGGUGUCCCAAAUGUCAAAAUGUUCUUCAUGAGCAAGCUAGUUAUUCUGUUUAUCAAUGUGGUGGUUGUGGAACUGUUCUUAGAGGAAAGGUUAAUAAUGGUAAUGGAAAUGGUAGUUUGUGGGAGGCAUCAGAUGAGGGACAGGGUGGAAGAGUUCUUUCUAAAUCAGGAAAUUCCUUCAGGAAAGAUGUAGGUUUUAUGAGUGAUAAUAAUUCAGAUGUUGAUGUUAAGUCUAAUGGUGGCUUCUCGAGGGAGGAUCAAAGGGAUUCAGAGAGAUUGAGUAAGGAGCGUGAGAGGAUUCUGAAUCGUUCUCUUGAUGGUAGCGAGAAAGGAGUUUCGGAGAACAGUUAUGAUGUCGGUAAAAGUAAAGGUGAAGGGGGUAAAGCAAUAAGAAGGGAACACCAUGAACCAAAAUUUCAAGUUGGAGGGUCCAAUUUCCCGAGGAGAAUGUCUAAUUGGCCAAACGAGGAGAGAGUUGACAUGGAAGGUGUGAGAUUUUCCACGUUGAAUUAUCCUGAUGAGGGAACUUCAAGAUUUUCUUAUAAUCAUGGUGAACAAUGGAAUAAUUAUAAAGACAUGGAUGGUAUGAGUAGGGUUCGGCACCUCGAGCAAGAUCGAGCCGAGCUUCUAAGGAAGCUUGACGAGUUAUCAAAGCAGCUGAGCAAUUCUUCUGAAAUGGUUAAUAAUAAUCCUAAAGAAAAGGGUCAUCCUGAUUCAAAGAUGGUUCCUCCAGGUCCUCGCAGCGGCCCUGAUACUCGGUUUCCAGACGGACCUUCAGGGUCAAACCGGACGGCCUCAAAGCAAUUCUUUGGUCCUAAUACAAAUAUGGCAGGUCCUCCUUAUUUUAAUUAUCAUCACGAUCCAUAUGGUUAUACUAGUGGUCAUGAAAUGUCCAUGCACAACUUCCACCCUUCGAUGCAUAACCCUAACUAUAUUCCUGGAUAUGGAGAUCCUUUUGUAUCGCAAAGGAUGAGAGGUCCACAACAUCCGUUAUCCCACCAAUUCCCACAACAACCGAUGCAUCCCUACUUUCCUGGACACUAUGCUGAUACCGGUCUAGAUUCAUAUGAACAAUAUGCACAUAAUCCUAUGCCGCACCCGCCUUCCUGCUCUUGUUUUCAUUGCUACAACAACAAAAGAAGAGGUGUGAUGCCAGCACCGCCUGCUACGUUCCUUAACAGCAGAUUCCCUCAUACCUCAAAUGAUCCUAUAUUAAACCGUCAUGAUAUCCCAGUUGGUCAACUUGUUCAUAAUUCUAGAACUGCUAUUCCGGCUGCAAAUUCUCAUGAAAAGCAAUUACAUUCAAGAUUGGCUAGUGACUUCGAUUCUGAGAGGGGUGGAUUUCCCACAAGCCGUUCUCAGAAAGUAAUGCCGGCUAGCGGUAGUCAGCGAUGCCAUCCUAUAGCAGGUGGUGCUCCUUUCAUCACAUGUUAUAAUUGCUUCGAGUUACUGCAACUUCCUAAAAAAGUACUGGUUAAGGUGAAGAUUCGUAAGCAGAAAAUGAGAUGUGGAGCUUGUUCUUCUGAAAUAAAUAUUUCUGUCGUAAACAAGAAGCUAGUUACUUCUCCUCAUGUGGAAACAGAAGAAACUAUUGAUGAUGCUUCUAUCGAGGUUGUGAAUAGCCAUGUGUCACAUUCUCGUGGCCAUGUGAACACAAAUGGUGUUAACUUCUCAUCCGAUGAUUAUUCUGGUUUUGAUUUUCACUCAGUAGAUAGAGGAUCUCCUGUUAUGGCUUCAGACCCAAGUUUGAACUCUAGCAAGCUGCAGGAGAUGCAAAGCUUCCAUUCUUCAUCUUCGAGUACCUCAGAGGAUGAAAAUAGUCCAGAAGUUAUGACUGCACCAGGAGAAGCCGCUAACUCAAUUCAGCCGACUAAAGCCUCGGUGUUGUCUCCACCUGCCGGCUCGCCACUUCAAGAGUAUCUUGAUUAUUCUAGUAACAACAACCAUGCAGUGAAUCGGUUUGGGAAAGGCAACCAAAGUGGUCGCUCAGAACAAGAGAAGGCGGUGAAGCUAGAAAACAAUACCUCAAGGCAAAAUUCUUUGAAAGAGGUAGUGCUUGUAUCUGAGAUGGAUGUCAAUGAUUAUUCGAACUCUGGGAUUUCACAGGAUUAUGGUGAUACAAGCCGAGAAGACGACCGUACUAGAUCAAGCAAAGGAGGUGAAUCGUUUUUCGCAAACAUUUUCAAGAAAGGUUCCCGGGGUUCUUCACAAACUGACAAAGUCGACGAUCGUGAAAAUUGUGUUGUUACCGUAAAUGGACAACCCUUAUCAGAUCGUGUGGUUAAGAAAGCUGAAAAGUUAGCCGGACCAAUCCAGCCAGGAAAUUACUGGUAUGAUUCUCGGGCUGGAUUUUGGGGUGUUAUCGGUGGACCUUGUCGUGGAAUUAUUCCACCAUUCAUAGACGAGUUCAAUUAUCCUAUUCCUGAUAAAUGUGCCGGUGGAAACACCGGUGUUUUUGUAAACGGGAGAGAACUUCACCAAAAGGAUUUAGAUUUGCUUUCUCGUAGAGGACUUCCAACUGAUAACGAUAGAUCUUAUAUCGUUGAAAUUACCGGGAGAGUCUUGGAUGUAGACACAGGUGAAGAACUAGAUGGCCUCGGCAAACUUGCACCAACGGUGGAGAAAGCAAAGCAUGGAUUUGGCAUGAAAGUACCAAGAGCAGCAGCAGCAUGAGAUUUGACUUUAGGUACAUCCUUAUGCAGAUUUGGAAAAAUUGUUUUGUAUCGGAUUACGAGGAAAUUUUUUAAAUGUUUGCAAUUGCAAAUCACUUUGAAAUUUCUUCUGUUUGUUUCUUAGGAAAAUCUAAAUGAUCAGCAUUUAGGUUAUAUUUGUAAAUUUUUCAUUAUUAUUUGGCAGGAAAAGAACAGUUUGUUCUCGCAGUCUUGCACGAGUUUCAUCAAUACAUCUAAUGGUUGCAUAUUUUGCAAAAAUAUUUUUUCAUUA